UCUAUUAAUCUUUUAUAAAAAGAAAAAGAAACGUGAGCUGAGACGUACACGUGGGUGAGGUUUGAAUUAUUUAUUGAAAUAUUUUCUUUUAAAUAAAAUUCAAUAUAUGUGAAUGAAAAUAAGCUGUUGAAACAAGAUGAAAACCAAACCAAAUCGUCAUAAGGAAACGAACACUUUUAAGUUCAAAUCGUUUUCUGAAAGAGUGACUGAAAUUGACAUAGAUGUUUUUCAUCGUGUGGCACAUCGAAAUGAAGCUAGUUUUGAAGAAAUCGAAACUUAUUUUCAUGGAACACUACAGAAAUGGAAUGUUCUUAAUUUAACGGAUGGUUAUACUGAUUUUAAAAAGAAAGUACGGGAUAUUGUCACAUUGCCUCAAUUAAUUCACAAAAAGCAAUAUGUAGUUGACAUACUUUUGGAAUAUUUAAAAAAAGAGGAUUCUUUAUUUCUGCAACCAAUAUUGGAGUUGGUAGUAGCCAUAGCAAGAGAUCUUCAGAAAGAUUUUUAUGAAUAUUUCCCACAAUUUUUAUCUGAAAUAAUUUCUUUAUUACAAACAAAAAAUACAGACCAGAUAGAAUAUACAUUCACUACUCUGGCAUACUUGUUUAAAUUUUUAUGGCGGUAUUUGAUAAGAAAUGUAAAAACUGUUGUUCCUCUAUUGUUGCCAUUAUUAGCUGACACACAACCAGUCUAUAUAAACAGAUUUGCUGCAGAAAGUUUUGCCUUUGUAGUUCGUAAAAUUAAAGAUAAAGACUCUUUUUUAAUAUUAAUAUUACAUAUUUUGGAGGAUAAUACAAGUGUGAUAUCUGGCUGUGGCAAAUUAUUAUUUGAAGUUAUAUCUGGUAUUCCAGGACAAUUUCAUUCUUGUGCUGAGGAAAUGUUAACACUUUAUUUCAAUGCUCUGCAAGAUAAGUCUGUUAAUCAAAAGCUGACCUAUGAAGUAUUAAAAGAAAUUGUUGUGUGUAUAAAACAAAAUAUAUAUCCACAAAAAUGUAUUGUUAUGUGGAAUGCUAUAUUACAAGUAAUGGAUACAUUUAUAUUUGUUGAAAAAUCAGAGCAAUCACUGGAGUCUUGUAAGAGAGAAAAUCCCUUAAUUUUGUUGCUACAACUUAUACAUACCAAUAUCAGUUAUAAAAAUGGAAAGCUUGUAACUGAUGCUACAUCUCUGAUAAAAAAGUUGAUGGUUAUAAUUGAUACAUUCAAUCAAGAUAAUAGUAUUAUACAAGAAGCUAUUAAUGUGUCAGUUGCUAUUCUUUUAGCAUCUAAUAUUAAAUUAAUGCAAGAAAAUACAAGUCAACUAUUACUUAAGAUUAUGGCACUGAACAAUGUGGAAUUAUUAUACUAUGCUGUUGAAAAUUUGAUAGACUAUUCUUUAUUUGAGAUGUUAAUUUUACCUCAUAUUUUGCAGCGUAGUAUCUCUGCUGGAUUUGAUAGUAAGGCAUUACUUCUGUUUGCUAAAAUAAUUUUUGCAAAAGCAUCACCUUGCCUUAGUAGUAUAACUCUAGACAAAUGGAAGAAAUAUAUUUUAGAUAUACGAAAUGUCAGACAUGAAAGUAUAAAUUAUAUGUUAGUUGAAUUGACAACGUUAUCUACUGAUGUUACUUCACUUGAUGCAAUAAGAACUUUAAUAAUUCUGCCACACUUAAAACCUUUGUGUGAAGAAUUUAAAGAUACAUUAAAGACUGAGCUACUAUCUUUAUAUAAACAAAUAUUGAAGUAUGAUAGUGUGGAAGAUAUCAGGAAUAUUAAUAAAGUAUCUUUUAUAUUUUUAUUGACAUUAGAAUCGAUAAUACACAUAUUAAAGCCAAAUGAUUUUCACGAGUUCUUGCUAAAAUCUGACAUGAAAAUAGUCGACCUUAUUGAAAAAUAUUACGAAAAUAAAUAUAUUUUAAACUCAAUAGACCUUUGUUUGACGUACUUCGCAGCAUCAGAGUAUCACAAAUAUUACAUCAAUCUUGCAUCAUUUGAUAUGUUACAUAAAAAUAUAGUAAAAAAAAUGAGUUCACCUUAUAGCAAUGUUCGGUUGACUGCAGCGCAUUUAUAUUCUUUAUUUGCUAAUGUCGAAGGUCUGGAAUGUCAGAUGCAAAAUAAUGGAAAGAGUGCUAUGGAGCUUGUUUAUUUAGCUGAAUGUAAAUCUGCAACUGUACAAACGUACCGUGAUAAGUUGUUGCACUUGCAAGCUUUAGAAUUUCAGAGCCAUGCACUAAUUAAUCUAGAUCCGAAGUAUUAUGAGUUUCCAUUACGAUACUUGAUAGGUAAUAUGUAUGUCAAUUUCUCUUUACUCUGGGAACCUGUGAGUAUAAUUAUAGCUAGUUAUGGCAACAAAAGAUGUCAACAGUUUUGGCCAACAUUUCUUGCCGAAAUAACAUCUAAAAAUGAACCCGAAAUUGAAUGGAAACCGCCGUUUCAUUGUCACAUCAUUUCCUCGUUAGUAACAUCGAUAGAGAAACACGAUGACAAACCUGACUUCGAAAACCACAAAAUUCUUCUUUGGAAAUGUAUGACACAUUUCUCACAUUAUGCCGAAUCAAGAAAUAGAGACUUAACCGUAUUGUUCAUUGACUUUGUAAAUAUGAAUUUUUUCAAAUCUAAUUCAGAAGACGGUAAGUCUUGUAACAUUGAGAAACAUAAAAAGUUGUCCGACACAUGUAACGACAUGGAAGUUGAAAGUGUCGAUGAAGAAGAGGAUGAAAACAAUACUGUUGCAAAAGCUACAUUGACAAAUAAGACGAAUAAAAAUUACAAAACGAAGCUUUUAAUUGCUCAAAUGGAGAUAUUUGGCAGAGUACUAAAUCCAAAAGUGUUAUAUAGAGAAGCAGAGAUGCAUCAAAUUUACUUGGAUUUACUUUGUUCGAAGAAUACCGAUAUACAAAAAGCGGCUUUAAAUUGUCUCUUUAUAUAUAAAUAUAAUUAUCUUCUGCCGUACAAGGAAUCUUUGUACGGUUUAAUAAGUGAGAAGAAUCUUAAAAACGAACUUGCACGCUUCAAACUGGACAAAGAAAGUAAUAUGAUUCAGGAGGAACAUCGCGAGAAUCUUAUACCGAUUAUAAUGAGGAUUAUUUAUGCGAAAAUGAUCAUGAAAACCGGCAUGAGAACUGGCGGAAAGGCCGGUGGAUUUGCACGGCGUAAAAUCAUAUUGCGUUUUUUGGCUGGCACACAGGAAAACGAGAUGAUUACAUUCGUCAAAAUGGCAUUUAGAUCGUACAUGUCAUUAGAAAUGAAUCAAGCGUUCAGUUUGAAGCAACACGCUAAAAAGAUCGUCGACACGAUUGAUCUGAGCAACAUUAUGCCACCCAAACGCAUGCAAAGCGCGGUAAAUUUACUGGCUAUAGUAAUGGAACAGUUUGGCGGAAAAAUGUCGACGAAAUUACUGCCGCAUUUAUUCGGGAUACUAAUUUGCAUUUUGGCCGAGGCUACCGGGAUUCUGCGGAGAUCAGAAGAGGUUUACGCAGGAUACUUGCCGAUAAUUAAAAACGUGAGGACCAAUUGUAUCGGUGUACUGGCUAGGUUUUUCGUACACUUCGAAGAGUACGACUGGAAGCAGCACGAGAUAGAUGCGGUCUUUGACGUAGCGAUAUUCCCUUGGUUACCAAAACUACCCGUUGAGAGUAUUCACAGUCCUACGGCUUUAUUGAAACUCUUUAUAGCAUGGGGCCAGAACCCUCGGUAUUAUCCGUUAUUUGUAAAGCAUCAGGAGGAUAAUAAGUCUGUCAGCCCGCUUCCUUACAUCAUGCAACUUAUUUCGAACCCCAAGACGCAUCCAUCUGUUAUCAACGCCGUUCUGGAGACGAUCGAAAAGAUGUUGACGCUACAGGAUUAUAGGAAAUCUAACGAGGAUACGGGCGAGAUGCAAAUCGAUUCACCGUUCUUACCGCUAAUACCGAUACUCACGAAUCUAAUCGAAGUGGAAGAGAAGAUAUUCUCGACAGGAAUUAAUUACGGCUCCGCGAUUCUUUUGCCACACAUCCCUCACAUUCUGGAAUUCAUCAAGAGCAGACUCAAGAAGAGGUCCAACAAGGGCGUAAGCAGGAUCGAGUUAGCCAUACUGUCGCGAAUCUCUGAAUUUGUCACUGACGCAGAAACGUGCGAUAUGUUGUUGGCGCUUAUAUUACCGAUAUUGAUAAGAAAGGCUAUGCAUAAUAACGAGGAGGCUGUUACGGAAUUGCUGACGACCGUCAUAAACCUUGUGAAAAUUGUGAACAGACCAGAGAUUCAUUUGCGUGCCAUUGCGCCACUGAUGGGUCUCACCUCAGAUAUAAGUAUUCGCCGACUUCUCAUACAGCUAUACAAUACCAUCGCUGAGAAGUCCACGGGAGAAAAUCGUGAGACGAUAACGCGCGACUGCAAUGUUCUGAUCGCACUUAACGCAUGGGACCACAGGUGGAUCGAUCAGCCAGACUUCCAGAAACGACUGGACGCUUUCGGGGAAAUUAACGACAUGGUAGAGAAGAACACGAUUACGCUGGAAUUUGGCGUGGCUGUAAUAUACAAUUGCUUCUACUUCCUGAAGGCCGAGUCGGAUCUGGCGAUAAGGGAUUACUCCGGCCAGUGCUUGAAGCUCGUCGCACCGAGACUAGCGAAGGAGCACCAGAAUAAUGCUGUAAAUAGGCGUUAUUUGAUGGACGAUACCAUUUUGGUACUCACGAGAAGAGGAAUCGUGAGUAAGAACGAAGCCGUUCGCUUACAGUCGAUUGCACUUAUAGGACACAUGGCAUUGGAAUGCUCGGAUGUGCAUCCUGUUUUGCGGGAUCUGUCUCUGCUCGCUAAUCGAGCCGACCCCGAAGUUGAUUUCUUCGAAAACAUGCAGCAUCUACAAUUGCACAGAAAGGCACGCGCAUUAUUAAAAUUCUGUGCGCUCGCUAAGACAUUAGAGAAGCCGAUCAAUCCUAGAACAUUGAUGCAAUUCAUUCUUCCUCUUUGCUCGUCGUACUUGUGCAACGAAGCCUACGUUCAUAAGAACAGCAUCGUUGAUGCUGCUAUUGAGACUGUCGGAAUAGCGUGCAGACUUUUACCAUGGCAUCAUUACGAGAUCAUCUUGAAACAUUAUUUAAGCAAACUGAAAAGUUCUGUAGAGUUUCAAAAGCAAAUCAUUAGAAUAAUCGUAGCGAUACUGGACGCCUUUCAUUAUGAUUUUUCGAAAUAUAAGCCAUCAGAAGAAAUUACUAAAGAAACUAAAGAAACGGAAAGUAACGUUGUUCCUGUCGAUGAAGAAGAAAUUAGUGCAAGGGCCGAUGAAAAUGUAAAUCUCGAAGAUGUGACACAAGAAGCUGAAGAGGAAUUAGAGAAAGUAUUGAAUGACAACGCUGAAAAUAUGGAGGAAAUGAUCGAGAAAGAUGGAGCGAAAACGGGGAACGUGCUGAUAAUUGAGAAACAAACGUUGCUUUCUCAGUAUGGAGCGAAAAGAGUAAUAUUCAGUAUAUCGAAUGGCUUGUUACCGCAAUUACAUCGUUCUAUUGUGGCUAGAACUCGGCAGGACAGUAGUCACAAGAUUAACAGGAAAAAGAUUGUAUCCGAUACGGAAGAGGACGAUUUAUUGCGAGUUCCUAUUGCUCUCGCACUUGUGAAAUUAUUGCAGAAAAUGCCCGAGAAUGUUCUAGAUGCAAAUUUGCCGGGGAUUUUUAUGAAAUUAUGUGCGUUUCUGAAAUCUCGUAUGGAAUCAGUUCGACGUGUGACUCGCGAGAUACUGCAAAAGAUUAUGAUCACAUUGGGUCCAAAUUAUCUUCAUUAUCUUUUGAAAGAGACGAAUACACUGUUAACGAGAGGUUUCCAGGUGCAUGUCCUUGUGUACACAGUCCAGUCUGUACUAUCUGCAUUGAAGCCAUAUUUUCAGAAGUUCGACAUUAAUCAUAAUUUACAAAGCAUUCUAUCUGUAUGCAAAGUUGAUCUGUUUGGAUUAACUGCGGAGGAAAAAGAAAUAACCGGUAUUGUUAAAAAUGUAUCAGAGGCGAAAAGUACCAAGAGUUUCGAUAUCUUACGUAUAUUGGCAGAAUUUAUAACGGAAUCUUGUUUAUUGGAUUUGAUAUUGCCGUUGAAGGAAGUGCUGAUGAAAACACACUCGCAUAAAACAGUACAUAAGAUUGUAGAAUGCCUGCGAAAUGUAACUCUGGGUUUAGCAGACAAUACUUACAUUCCACUGGAACAAAUGCUUAUAUUUCUUUACGGUAUUAUCUCAGAAAGUAUACCGGAUCUUAUCCCUGAAAAGGAAAAUAAAAAGCUCACGGAAGAGGAAACGAGAGGAUUAGUGCGACAAAAGCCAGAUUGUUUUAUCAUACCGCCAGAACCCAAAAGUAGGAUAGGUGUUAAAGCUGCAGCAAAAACUACUAGAAGUACUAAUGUUCACGUAAUGGUGGAAUUUGGUUUGAAACUUUAUCACAUAUUAUUGAAACGGGAGAAAGUUACCAGCACAGAAUACAAAUCUCACUUAGAACCUUUUGUACCACUUUUGAGUAAUUGUUUAAAUUCUCAACAUGUUAAGCUAAGUACUGUAGCGAUACAAUGUUUGAAUUGGAUGCUUAAAAUGAACAUGGCUUCGAUACAAACGUCGAUAUCAAACAUCUGUGAUGCCAUGUUCGGUAUUUUACACAAAUAUUCUGCUGUCGGUUUAGGUAGAGGAGAUAAUUUUGACCUCGUGAUGGCCACAUUUAAAUGCAUGUCCGUAGUCGUCCGUGAUGUGAAGCAUUUCACCAUAGACAUCGAUCAAUUAAAGCUUCUUAUUCUAUAUGCGGAACAGGAUCUGUACGAAAGCGAUAAACAAGCUACCGCAUUCACCUUAUUAAAAGCUAUAAUUCACCGGAAAAUGAUUGCUCCCGAAAUGCAUCCUGUUAUGGAACAAGUAGCCAUGCUGAGUGUCACCUCAGAGUUGGAGCACGUUAGAUUGCAGUCGCGUUCUGUGUUUUAUUCGUAUCUGAUGGCAUAUCCACUUGGUCAACAUUUGGACAAACACAUAUCUUUUUAUCUAAAUCAGCUAAGUUACGAGAUGCGGCCAGGUCGGUUGAGCGCAUUAGAAAUGAUUCAUACCAUAAUCACAAGUUUCCCUCUAAAAACUUUAAUUGCAAAAUCAGGACCUAUAUUUCUGGUGACCGGUGUAAGAUUAAUAAACGACGAUGAUCCGAUUUGUCGUAAGCUUAGUGCUAAAUGUAUAAAAGAAAUGAUAAACCGGUUACCUCCCAAUGAGAGAAACAUGCUAUUCGACAUAGUUUUUAAAUGGCUAAAUGAUGUUAAGAUAACACAUCGAACAUUAGCAGCGCAACUAUGUGGCAUAUUUGUAACAGUCGAAAAAGAUGAAUUUGAUUCACGGUUGAAAGUAAUUUUACCAUUGCUACUGAAACAGUUUUAUACAGAUUUCUCUGCUUCUGACAAUACAGAGCCUGGACCAUUCGUACUGCUAAAUAAUCCAAGUGAUACACAGACGAAAUGUCCCAAUAUAAAAGAUCCAGAAAGGAUGAAAGAUCAUCAUUUAUUUCAAGUAUUACAGUUGCUGUUAAAGAUGUCUGCACAUUGCACAUCUUUCCUCACGAAUGAGAAACACAACGAUUUCGUUUGUUCCUUCGCCGAAUAUAGUCAGUCCUUGUUAGGUCAUCCGCAUAUUUGGGUUCGAUUAGCAGCCGCACAGUUAAUUGGUUUUAUUCUGGCUACUCUUGACAUUGAUAGGAUCGUGGAACUUCUAAAUAAUCCGAAGAGUGAAAAAUCACAUAAUGGUUACAUAUAUUCGAAUCCCACUGAUACCAUAAGAAGGUUAACUCUAGAUUUAGUGGCACAAAUCCAUCCUGACAUGACAUUUGAAGAGUUAGCGGAUCAAGUUGUGAAAAAUCUCAUUUUUAUCGCGAAAAUACUAAAAUCAAUUGAUAACCGGACCGUCGAAAGUGGCACACAAAAUGAUGAAAACAAAACAAAGGAGAGUAACAAUUUAUCUCUUCCUUGGCUCGUCAGAAGAUUGAGAAGAGUUGUUAAUUUAGAAAUAACACAAACUCCUAAAUCAACAUCAGUGAGAACCGCAGUGUUUAAAUGUAUUGCUGGUAUAGUGGCUACAAUACCUGUAGAACAUUUAAACGUGAUACUUUUUAGUAUUAUGUCACCAUUAGUUCGAGAGAUAGCUAUGACAACAGAACAGAACAGAGAACAGAAUGCCGAAUUACGUCGACUUGCUAAGGAAGUAACUUCCAUGAUUAAAAAAUCUAUAGGUAAUGAACAAUAUAUCCAAUUAUUAAAUCGUGUGCAACAACAACUCGAUGUUAAGAGAGCGGAAAGAAAGAAAGUUCGCGCGCAACAGUUUGUUGUUAAUCCUGAUUUAGCCGCCAAACGUAAACUAAAUAUGCAACAAAAGAAAAAAAUAGCAAAGAAAAAGAAAACAUGCAUUGUUCCGAACUUGAAAUCAGAUUCGCGUUUUUCUUGUCCGCCUUGAAAUCUUCCCGCGGAUAGAUUAAAAAAUCUAUAAAUAAUGAAAAAUACAUCAAAUUCCUAAAUCGUGUGCAACAAAAACUCGAUGUUAAGAGAGCGGAAAGAAAAAAAGUUCGCGCGCAACAGAUAAACUAUUUAUUUCUUUAUGUCUUUAUUAAUUCUUUAUAAUACAUAUGUAUAUAUAACAUAUAUCUUUUAUAAAGAAAUAGGUUUAUACUUAACACUUUAUACUACACUGUAUACAUAAUGAUUAUAUUUAUUGCAGUUUGUUGUUAAUCCUGAUUUAGCCGCUAAACGUAGAUUGAAUAAACAACAAAAGAAGAAUAGCAAAAAAAAGAAAUACAUGUAAUAUAAAUAUCGUGA